CUAACCAAAUGAACGAAACUCGAUUGUCUUCCAGAACACUGUAAGCACAAAGCUCUAAGCUUCUGAAUGCUAAUCCAUAUCUUCACAUCAAGGUCUCAGAUUCUUCAGAAAUGGCUACUCCGUUUCUGGCUGGGCUUGCACUAGCUGCUGCUGCUCUUGCUGGUAGAUAUGGAGUCCAGGCUUGGCAAGCAUUCAAGGCUCGUCCACCAAAACCCAGGAUCCGCAAAUACUAUGAAGGUGGUUUCCAGCCUACAAUGACAAAAAGGGAAGCAGCUCUUAUUCUUGGCAUUAGGAAAUUUAUAGAAACUAUUUCUGAAAAGAAGAAGAAAUCAUCGAUAUGGUAUUUAUCUACUGAGGCAAAACAUAUGUUUCAAGAAAAAGCAUAUGAUAAGAGUCCCUGGAGGGAUUAUUUCACAUGAACAAGGACAUGUUCAAUGAGCAAUAACUAGUGUGAGACCAUUUUAAGAAGAGGCACAAUUGUGCACUAUAAUUAAGAAACUAAAAUCAUGCUUAAGAUUAAUCUGUACACCACUCUCACAAACUAAAGUCAUUUGUUAAUGAUAUUGACGUUCUCAUGCACUGUAGGACUACAUAUUUAACACUUACAAACCUCGUGUAGAUACGGUAGAAGCAUAGUAUCUAGUAUAUACUUCAUUCUCCAACCUAGACAGUAUGCUUAUAUAAGUUGCUACCUAUAGAAGGCAUGCAAGUGAAUAACACACUACAUUACUAAAAUUAUUAUGCCUUCAUCGAUUACAUGUAAUGCUAUUCUGAAAACAAUUGCUUCUUCUUUCUGAAUUAUUUUGUAAAUUUAAUUCAAAUGUACCAUGUUAUUUGAAUUUUAUAGUUGUCCAA